CAUGCUUCCCUAGUGCUUUCAACGACUAACCAAUACUCAAUUUUAUCCUUUUUGGAUAGAAAUGUAAUUAUGUAAAUAUAAUUAACAUGGCAACGAAGGUUUGGUUACAAAUGAAUUUGAAAUCCCAUUUGCUAUAUAGCUAAUACGAUCCUAAUUAAGAGCUUCAAAAAGUUUUUUUUUUUUUUUGGAAAACCCCAUAGCAUCAAAUAUAAUUCAAAGCUUGGCUAACUAGAACGAAUCUAAAAAAGUACAAAGAAGCAACAAACUGCAGCAUUAAAUUUUGUUAAGGUUGACGCACUAGUUGCUGAGACCAUGACUCUGAGGUCAAAACUACGCCAACUGAACGAUGAGUCUGAGAAACUACGGCUGGGGAACGAAGCUUUAUUGGUAACAGUUUACGCAAACAUAUCACUUAUAUACGUACUGCAAGUAAUCUACUUGUAGUGGAAAGUCAGCUAGCCGCUUGCUUAGAUUUGUAGCUCUCUAUAUUCCGAGCAGAAAUUGAUCUAAUAUCAUCCUUGAGCAGAAAAGAUUCCUGAGUGCGAUCUGAUCUGUAACCACUUGACUGGUGAUGAUAGAUAGGUUUAGUUAUAUUUUCUAAGCGAAUGGACUAGAGACAAGGGGACGUAGUAGUUUAUGGUGGCUUUAAUUAGAGUACUUUUCAUGUGAUUUGUGUAAAUUUUUCCAAACUUAUUCUGUUUACCAUUCUAUAAGGGGAUGGAUAGCAAAUCUAUUUUUAUUCAUUUCUUUAUUUUUAUUUCAAAAUAGAAUAAAGUUUUAACGUAUAAUUCAUUUUAGUUAAGAAGUUAUUUUAUUAAAAAAAAUACAUUAGACUUAUCUAAAGCGUAUUAAUUAUUUAUAUAAGACGUUAUUUUAUUUUGAAGAAAAAUUGAGUGAUACGAGAUGUUAGUUUUAUUAUGUAUAUCAUUUAAUAUAUAUAUAUAUAUAUAUAUAUCAACGUGCUUCCCUCAACCGGUAACGUGAGCCUGUUUGUGUUACACUGCAAGUUACUUGUGAAAACAUUGAGCAGUUCAAGUUCCAGAGAGCCAAAGGGCACGUCAGGUUAAUAAUUUCAGUAAGUGGCCAAAGUGUCGGAAAAUAUUUGUUGUUCUUUAUGUUGGUUGUUGGUAGGAUUACGUACAAUCAUUUAUUUGUAUUUUAUAGACGAACGAUCAUAUAAAAAUUUUAAAUAAUCAAAUGAUGAAAGAGUCAUUUUGUGACUAUAGUUGAUAUACACGGAGAAGAACAGAGAUCACACAAGUCCUACGCAUUCCAUGGCCGCGGCAGAGAUGUUUCUUAAACCGGUGCUUCAGAAACCACCCGGCUACCAUGAGCUUCACGCGCCUCCUGAAACUCCAAACGCAUUAUCAUCUUCAUCCACGCUUCGUCGCCGGCCACCUAAGUAUAUGAUCCCGCCGUCCUUUUAUCCGGAUAAGAAGAAAAAGUGGAGUCGUUGCCGCGUCUUUUGCUGCUGCUUCUGCAUCACCGUCGCAAUAUUCAUCCUCCUCCUUAUCAUCGCCGUCUCCGUCUUCUUCCUAUGGUACAGCCCGAGACUCCCCGUCGUACGACUCGCCUCCUUCCGCGUCAGCAACUUCAACUUUUCCAACGGGAAACCCCGCGACGGUUUGUCGCACUUGACGGCGGACGCUUCGGCGAGGCUCGAUUUCAGAAACCCCAAUGGGAAGCUACGGUACUAUUACGGCGACGCUGACGUGGCGGUGAUCGUAGGAGAUGGCGAUUACGAGACGAGUCUAGGGUCAACGAAAGUCAAAGGGUUUGUGCAAAAGCCGGGGAAUCGGACGGUUGUGAUCGUUCCGGUUAAAGUGAAGAGAGAAGAGGUGGAUGAUCCGACGGUUAAACUGCUUCGAGCGGAGAUGAAGAGUAAGAAGUUGGUGGUGAAGGUGACAGCUAAAACGAAGCUGGGAUUGGCUGUGGGAAGGCGUAAGAUUCUUACGGUGGGGAUUACUCUCAGAUGCGGUGGCGUGACGUUACAGAACCUGGAUAAACAGAUGGCUAAAUGCACCAUCAAAAUGCUUAAAUGGAUUAAGUUGCACUCAUAAGCAAUGAUCAUGAUGAUGGAUAUCAUUUUUCAUCAAAGAUUCAUCAGAACGUUAUACGACUCGAAGUGUUCAGGCUUCACGAAAGUGUCACAGUAUCUGAUUUUUGUUGUCCUUAUUGUUUUUUACUGAAAGAUUGCAUAUAAAUGAUUUGUGAUCCAAUAUUAAACCAUUCGUUAUCAUUUUAAUUUCGAUUGAUUAUAAAUAUGUAUCUCAGGAGGAAUAUAAAUGUAUUCACACAUUCGUGUACGUGUGUUCGUGUUCAGAGUUAUUCAGACAUAACUAACCCUGCCACAUGCUUAGCAAAAUAAAGGUACGUCCUGUUUCGUGCUUUACAAUUCUAUGACACCAUAUGCCGUUUUAUCAAGAAAAGACGGUACACAUUUCCUCGAUAGGUUACUAAAACGGCAUGCACUCUUCAAAAACACACGAAUUAUUCAACUAAUCCACAAGUUACUAAGAGUCAUAAAAAUAAUGGAAAUUUAAGACGCAACCAAAACCUGUAAACACAAACUCAGUAGUAGCAAAUAGGUUUUGCUAUCUAUAGUUGGCCUCUCACUUAUUUGAUUCAGAAGAACACUCUAUCUAUAAAUAGAAAGAAAGAACGAAAAAAAAAGAUGAAAUAGAACCCUAUAGCCUUUCAUCCCUUCAACGGAUGCUGGCAGGAGAUUCAAAUAAAAGCACCUAAGUUUCGAGCUUCUCUUCUGUCUCCUAGGCUACAAAAGUAGAAAGUGUGCUCUCUUCUUGAAGAUAUCAUCAAACUGACUCAGUCUGAUAUCCUAAACUCAACUCCUAAAACGUCUUUCACCAUCUCAUAUGUCACAAAUGUCAAUAUUACUAAUUAUAAAUGUAAGUUAAUUCAUUAAAGGUGUCAGUGUAAUCAACCAUCGUGAGAGUUAACGUAAAAGCGACACAUAGGAAACUGACUUCUCAAAUAAUAUUAUAGAGAUAGUUUUUUUU